AUCCAAUUUCAAUACAGUCUGUAAAUCAUCGCAUGGAAGAUCUUAGUGCAUCCUUACAGGAAGACUGGAUGUUACAACUUGCUCUUGCGCUCAGAACAUUCUCAUUCGGGACGAGCCUGAACCAUCUCUAAAACGAGCGAUCACAAGUUCCGUUCAUCCUCGAAGCGAAGACUCGUGACUCAUCUUUUUGUGCUUUCUUUCCUUUUUUCUUUUUUCCCCUUCUUUAUUGCUCUUUAAGAAUGAGAAGUUUCCUUUUCAAGGUGCUUUGUCUCACAGCCUGCGUGCUGUCCGUGCGCUGCACGCCCGCGCCGGAAACCGAGGCGCACACAACGGCGUCGCGCGAUUCGUGCGCGUCGUGCGGUCUCGCGCAGCCUGCCGACUCGGGGAGGAUGGACGCGGAGUUCGUGGAGGCGGUGAAGAGGCACAUCCUGACCAGGCUGCAGAUGAGGGACAGACCUAACAUCACUCAGCCCAUACCAAAGGCGGCCAUGGUGACCGCGCUGCGAAAGCUGCACGCCGGGAAAGUGAGCGAGGACGGCAGGGUCGAGAUCCCCGACGUGGACGGGCACGCGAGUCACGCCAAUGACGUCGAGGAGGAAACGUCAGAAAUCAUCAGUUUUGCAGAGACAGACAAUUUGCUGUCUUCAAAGUCCAGUCUUUUCUUCAUCAUCUCCAAUGAAGGCAACCAGAACCUCUAUGUGUCUCAGGCAAACCUGUGGCUGUACUUUAAACUUCUGCCUAGUGUGUUUGAGAAGGGCACUCGAAGGAAAGUCAUGAUUAAAGUGUACUAUCAGGAACCAGGCCUGGGUAGCAAGUGGAACCUGGUGGAGAAGCGCGUGGAGCUGAAACGCAGCGGCUGGCACACGUUUCCUCUUACUGAUGCUGUACAACUAGUGUUCUCCAAAGGUACACGAAGGCAGAACCUGGAUGUUCGGUGUGAAGGCUGCGAUGAGGCAGGUGUUCGGCCUGUACUGGUGAACUCAGGUGAUGAGUCGCAUCGGCCAUUCUUGGUGGUACAGGCACGUGCAACAGACAGCAAGCACCGCAUCCGCAAGCGCGGCCUAGAGUGUGAUGGUACCAGUGGCCUGUGCUGCCGUCAGCAGUUCUACAUUGACUUCCGCCUCAUCGGGUGGAACGACUGGAUCAUUGCGCCAUCAGGCUACUUUGGCAACUACUGUGAGGGAAACUGCCCAGCAUACAUGGCUGGCGUUCCAGGGUCAGCGUCAUCAUUUCACACCGCUGUAGUAAACCAGUACCGCAUGAGGGGGAUGAGUCCAGGCUCCAUGAAUUCCUGCUGUAUCCCCACCAAACUCAGCACCAUGUCCAUGCUGUACUUUGAUGAUGAGUAUAACAUCGUCAAGCGCGAUGUACCCAACAUGAUCGUAGAGGAGUGUGGAUGCGCUUGAGCGGCGAUUUUUUAAAGACUCGUAACUCUGUAAAUGUUCAUUGAUGGAACGAAUUAUUGUAAAAUGAUAUUUAUGAACAGCUGGGUAAACAGUCACCUUGAUGUCCACACCACACACCCAUGCAUGCACAACUCUUUUGUACAUAUAUUUAUGUUGGUUAAUAUCUUCCUGCUAGACUCAUUUAUAUGUGAUAGUCUUAUUCUAAGAGCACAGGUUUGUACAGUAGGUGUUGACGUCAAAGGGAUGAGAAAAUUAUAUUACAGGUUAUUGCUGUUUCUUUGCUUCUCUCCUCUAAAAUGGCUGUGUUGGGAAAUUGAGAUGAGAGGAGCCUUAGGAAAGGGUCUUUCUCCCAG